GAACAGCCUGAGCAUCAGGAAGACAUGGCUGCUGUUGAACAGGUGGAUAAUAAGGAGGAGGAGCAUCUGUUUAUAAUGGUGAUGUACUCGGUUCCAGUUAGUGAACGAUAUCCUAAGAGAUUAAGUCAUCAAAAAGAAACAGAGAAGAUGAACCUUCUGAUGAAGAUGAAUAUCUCUUAUUGUGGAAAAGGAUUUAGUACGAAUAGUCAUCUCAAAAUUCAUCUUCGUAUGCACACUGGUAAUAAACCUCACAAAUGUCAGUUCUGUGGAGUAGGAUUUAGUCAUAAUUGUAAUCUCCAAACUCAUCUUCGUAUACACACUGGUGAUAAACCUUACCAAUGUCAGUACUGUGAAAAAAGAUUUAGUACGAAUAGUGAUCUCCGAAGACAUAUUCGUAUACACACUGGUGAUAAACCUUACCGUUGUCAGUACUGUGGAAAAGCAUUUAGUUGUAAUAGCAAUCUCAAAAGACAUUUUCGUAUACACACUGGUGAUAAACCUUACAAUGUCAGUACUGUGGAAAAGGAUUUAAUCAGAAUGGUAUUCUUCAAAGUCAUCUUCGAAUACACACUGGUGAUUAACCUUACCAAUGAUCACCAACAUACAAAAGUCUUGAAGCAGCAAAAAGCACAGCAGAAAGAAUAUUACAAACCUGUAAAGGGGGAAGAGCCUUCAUUUGAGAGCCUUGAUUGCAAGUUGUCUAAUGAUUUUUUUGAGUUAUUUGGAGAUGAUAAUAAUGAAGAAUAUAAAGACUUUGAAGGAUUUGAUAUUGAAGAUGUACAUAUUCGUAUACACACUGGUGAUAAACCUUACCAAUGUCAGUACUGUGGAAAAGGAUUUAGUCAGAAUG